AUGCUUGAACUGACUCUCCAAGACAACAAAAUCCCGGAGGAGUCGGUGGAAUUACCGUCGACGAUUAAAAAGUGCAGGGAUAUAAAGGAACUGAUAUCGGAGAUCUAUCCCGGUCUACAAGACAACAAAAGCCCAUCUACCAAGUAUCUGACGGAGAGAACGAUAUUGUCCCCGCGGAAUGAGGAGGUGAGUAGAAUAAACGAUGAGAUACUGAGUAUUUACACAGGCCGGGCACAGACUUACAUCGCCGCUGACAAGAUGAAUGAGAAUAUAGAGAAACGAGCAGUAGGGAAUUCCGGUUGUCCGAGUGAGGUCCUCAAUAAUCAGAACUGCUCUGGAUUGCCACCAUUCAGAUUGAACCUAAAAGUGGGCUGUCCAGUGAUGAUGCUGAGGAAUAUAGACCCUAAGAAUGGUUUAUGUAAUGGAACCAGACUAAGGGUCGAGACGUUUGCACCUCAUGUGAUUGAGGCAACCAUAUUAACGGGAGAUAAACAAGGUACCCGUGUUUUCAUUCCGAGAAUAUCAUUAAGUCCAUGUUUUGGAGUCCAUGUGCAUAUGACAAGGAGGCAAUUCCCAAUACGCCUAGCAUUUGCGAUGACGAUCAACAAAUCGCAGGGACAAUCAGUCAAGUAUGUUGGAAUCGAUUUAAGGAACAGUGUUUUCGGACACGGACAACUGUAUGUCGCCUUAUCAAGAUGCACCACAGUACGCCAAAUCAAGAUAUUACUGUCUGAAGAGGAAACCAACCAUAGGACGGGGAAUGUAGUCUAUCCAGAGGUGCUGCUACUCUGA